AUGAAACUUGCUCUUGGUGCUAAGAACAAGUUUGCAUUCAACGAUGGUUCCAUUACUCCACUCGACCUAGAUGAUCUUAAUCGUAGUGCUUGGGAACGAUGCAAUUGCUUAGUUCAUUCAUGGAUCAUGAAUUUUGUUACACCUCCAAUUUCUCAAACGACCGUGUUCUUGGAAAACGCUCUUGAAGUUUGGAAUGAUAUUCAAGAACGUUUUGCCAAAACUGAUCGAAUUUGUGUCUCUAAUCUUCGUCUUGAGAUCAAUAAUCUCAAACAAUGUUCGAAAUUCGUGCUUGAUUACUUCACAGAAAUACGUGGAUUGUGGGAAAAGUUGAACUCUCAUAGACCACUCAUGGCAUGUACAUGCAUCCAUCAGUGCAGAUGCCAAGCUAUGAGAUCUGCAAGAGAUUUUCGCAUUGAAGAUCAGGUAAUUCAAUUUCUUACUGGAUUAAAUGAUAAAUUUUCUGUUAUCAAAACUCAGGUUCUUUUGAUGGAUCCGCUACCAUCCAUCAACAAUAUCUAUUUUAUGGUUAUUCAAGAAGAAAGCCACACUAUUUAUCUUCUUGCUAAACAUGAUCCAUCUUUAGCUCUUGAAGAAGUGAACACUCUAGUUAAUGCUUAUGAUUCAAGAAAGUAUCCUGAUCAAAGUAAGGCUUCGAGCCACAAUGGUGGAUCUCAAAGUUCUAAGGGAGACAACAUAUUAUGCACCUUUUGCAAUAGAACAGGUUAUAUAGUGGAGGUUUGCUAUAGGAAACACGGAUUCCCUCCAAAUUUUGGUAAGAAACAAGUUCCUGCUAAUGCUACUACUACCAAUAAUGGAGAUAACACAGUCAUUGCUCACAAUGGUGAAAAAGGUGUCUUCAAUAACCAAAAUAUAAAUAUUUCUCAAGAGCAAUAUUCUCAGUUGAUUAGCUUGUUGCAGCAAACAAACUUGACUCCUCAUGCCUCUAGUUCCAAUAAGACCUCCACUUCCAAUCAUAUUUCCACUUCUCUAACUCAUUCUGGUCAUACAUCAUAUGAGUUAUCAGGUAAUUCAUAUUCUUUGAUAGCUUCUUGUUCUACUCAAAAUAAGUCACAAUUCUGGAUCAUUGAUUCUGGUGCCAAUGAUCAUGUAUGUUCCUCUAUUAAUUGGUUUAGCCCUUGUCACAACAUCCAGCCAGUUAGUGUUUUUUUACCUAAUGGCUCUAUAGUUAUAGCUAAUCAAGCUGGUACCGUCAAAAUUUCACCUGAAUUAUGCAUUAACAAUGUUCUAAACACCUCUUAUUUCUCUCUUAAUUUGUUAUCUGUGUCAAGAUUAUGUGCUUCUAACCAUUGUGUCUUUCAAUUUUUUGCUGACAAAUGUGUUAUUCAAGACCUGACAUCCCAGAAGAUGAUUGGUUUGGCUAGUCAGAUUGAAGGGCUAUACAAACUGAAGAUUGAUGAUGGUUGGCUUGCUAAGAACUUUUCCCUUAAAUCCAAAAUCCAUAACUUUCCCUAUAUCAUUCUGUUGUAUCUAGUACCAGCAUUAACAAUUGUAACGUGA